UUAAUAAGACAUCUGUAGUUCCGAUAGAGGCUGGAAACAAACUGCACUAGUUGUGAGCAAAUGAUGUGCCUCCACCCUCAACAGGAAGUUGUGGUGCAGGUCAGUGAUUACGUGCAGCCUUUGCGCAAGACACAAGUGGCAGGUUUACUCAACAAGAUCAAGACACAAGCGGCAGGUAUACUCAACAAGAUCAAGACACAAGCGGCAGGUUUACUCAACAAGAUCAAAGAUACUGCACCUCUUACAAUGAGUCCUCUCUGGGUCUUGUCCAUGGUUUUUACCAUAACAGAUUCUGUGGAUGUCAUCAAAGCUGCCAGAGGAAGCUCAGUCCACCUGCCUUGUGAACCGACCUUUCAAGAAUAUGACUUUGUUCAUGUGAAAUGGAGAAAAAGUGGACUUGUAAAUCCCAUAUGUGAAUAUAGUCUAAAUUUGACAUAUGUGAACCCUAAACAUUGUCUACCAUCCUUUAAACCCUCAUUACAUGGUCUGAAUGUAGCACAUUUUAAAAACAGUCACUCUGGAUCCUACAGCUGCUUGACAACAAGAAUUAUACCACCACCUACGGAAGACAUUUAUAACACUACGAUGGAACUUCAUUCAAUGGAGGGGCCAAGCCUUGAGUUAGAACAGGUGAAUACCACCAAUGCUGACUGUGUUCAGCUGCUUUGUACACUGGAUGACAUCAAUCAAGAGCAAGUUGACUUCAUCUGGAACAUCAACGGUCAGAAUACAUCUGGACAGGUGCAGGUCAUCAACAGCUCUUUCAACGUAAGCAGCUCCCUACGUCUGUGUGGAUCUGAGUGGAGAGAUGGGGACACCAUCACCUGCUCCGUUUCACAUCUAUCAGGUCACAUUACAUCAAGCCGGAUAAUUCCUGCACAGAAAGGCAGCAACAACUGGUUGGUAAUAAUCUGCAUUUGUGCUGUUACUGGGGCAGUGUUGUUUAUCAUCAUUGCUCUCAUUAUUUACAAAUGUAAGAAGAGAACCAAGCCCAUAGAUGCCUCCCUGGUUUACACCAACAAAGUUUACGAGAACUUCAGUUUCGGCAGCAGGAUUCCCGUCAGACAGAGAACAGAAACACCGCGGGAGCAAUGUGUAUAUGAGAAUUAGAUCAGUCCCUGGACUACACCCAAUACCUGUCAGAUUCAACACAUAGAACUGACAAGGCUGUUGUUCGAGUCUAUUUAAAGCUUUUAACUUAUGAUACCGUAUCACUGUUGGUCUGUUCUCAUCACUCAUUUGCUUCAUGUAGUAUUUCAUAGUUUUCGCCACAGUAUUUGCCUUGAGGUCAGAUUGUUGUGGCUGAAAGGCUAUCGCUAAGGCUAAAGGCUAUUAGAGGAUUGCUAAUAUUCUAUUCAGUGACAAUCUUCAACACAGUCUCAUACAGCUUGGCUUUCUGAAGCUGAUUAUCAGAUACCUUGGAGGUCAUGUUUAGUACCCUUAGUGCAUUAUUAUAAAGUGAAAGCAAUAAAUAGUAGCAUUACAGAGUA